AUGUCGUCAACCAAUGCAAUAGAUUAUUUUUGUUCGUUAACAAAAAAGACACCCAUAAAUUUCAACCAAUAUAUUAAAUACGAAUAUGUUUUUGUUUUAUUUUUUAUGAUUAUAUUUAUAUUAUUAGAUGUACACAAAAGAUCGCAUCCACACAUUAAAAAUAGUAAUAAAUUUGCAGUAUUUGAUUUUCUAUAUUCUAUUUUCAACAAUAGAUUUCAUUUAUUCUUUAGACAUCAAUUUGAAGCCAAUCCAGACCAAUCUAUUUUCAAAAUUAAUUUACUAUUACAGGAUUUAAUUGUAAUCACCGAUCCAGAAUAUAUUAAACAUGUCUGCAACAAUAGACCACUUAAAUACACCAGGAUUGAAGGUUUAAUCGAGGGACUGAAUGGAUGUGGAAAGAAUGUAUUCAGUGGAGAAGGUUCUCAGUGGUCUCACCAUCGAAAAGUUACAGCCAGUCAAUUCAAUACGUUUAAACUGCCAAAGAUGGAAAAGCCAAUCAAUCAGAUUGUAGAUCGUUUUGUUAAAAAAUUGGAAACUCAUACGAUUGAACAACCUCAUCAAUCAGUGAACUUCUCCAAAGAAGUUAGUUCUUAUACAUUAGAUGUCUUGUUUAAAACCGGGUUUGGAUACGAUUUAAAUUCAAUCGAGAGUGGUCAGGUUGGUACCACUCCAAAAAUAAUUAAGAGAUUAGAGUGCGUAAUGGGAAAUAUCACCAAACGUUGUUUAUCUCCAUUUCACUAUUGGAAAUAUUAUACAACCUUUACUGAAUCUAAAUUUAAUAAAUUCUUGGAUUUAGUAAAGGAUUUUAAGAAUCAUUUUAUUCAACAAGAUUAUGCGAUAACUGAAGAAGCUGGAUUAUUACAUUCUUUGAUGGUUCAGAUGAAACAAGGUUUGAUUGAUGACGAUGAAAUCUAUGCCAAUAUGUUGUGCUAUAUUAUUGCUGGACACGAUACCUCUUCCAAAGCCAUCUCCUAUGCCAUUUGGUAUUUAGCCAAACAUCCAGAUAUACUUCAGAAAGUUAAAAAAGAAGUGGUUGAUGUGUUGGCAAACACCGAAAAUUCAUAUCUCUCCAAUAAAGACAUUGAUAAACUCCAACUACUUCAACAGGUGCUUCUGGAAUCGAUGCGUUUGAAACCGUUGGUAUCUUUUAUACUUUUGGAGUGUAUCGAAGACGAUGUCGUUGGUGAUACCGAAAUCUAUGCAGGUGCUCAAGUGGUUCUGACGACAGAGGCAGUCUAUAGAAAUGCAGAGUACUUCCCAGAGCCAGAGGAAUUCAAACCGGAACGAUGGGAAGGUGUUUCCUUUGAAAGAUGUACCGAUUACAAUCUGUUCGCAUUUGGAUACGGUCCUAGAAUGUGUCCAGGACGUAAGAUGGUCCGAGUUCAAAUGUUGAUUCUCUUUGCAAAAUUGAUUGCCAAUUUCGAUAUUAAACUGGCAGAAAACUCGAUAGAACUUGUAGACGAACAUGUUUUCGUUCUUUCACCAGAAGGUGGAUUGAAUAGCUAUAAUUAA